AUGGAAGGAACUGAGGUUAGAUCCGCGAGUUGCGGAGCCAAAUCCGAAGAAAUUGAAGUUGAUUCGUUUCGAUUCCGCGAAGAAAUUCAACGAUUAAUGCCCAUACCACCACCGGAGACUGGUAGUUCCUUCACCGCUCUUCUUGAACUUCCGGCGAAUCAAGCCAUGCAGAUCCUAGACUCCCCGGAAACUGAUGAUGCGCCGCCAACACUUUACGGCUGCCGAAUUGAACAUCCCAAACCUUGUAUGACUAUUUUCCCGUCGUGCACGGCUUUAGUAGAUCAAACUUCGAAGCCCUCCGUCUUUGCAACGGCCGAAAAGUGUUGGCGAAUUCGAGCUCAAAAUUGGAUAAGAUCAUCAGCAAAGAGAAAGGAGCGAGAAAAGAAGGUUAAAGGAUCGAACGACAAGAGCAAAACUGUAGCAAAUGAGAAAAUCGAAGAUGGCGAAAAGCUUCCGUACGUUCACGUUCGAGCUCGUCGUGGUCAAGCAACAGAUAGCCAUAGCUUAGCUGAAAGAGCGAGGAGAGAAAAGAUUAAUGCAAGGAUAAAGCAACUGCAAGAACUGAUCCCGGGAUGUAAAAAGCUCUUAUCAAUGAGACUUGCUGCUGUAAACCCAAGAAUUGAUCUCAAUCUUGACAGUCUCUUGGCUGCAGAAACCCCUACUCAAGAUCUCAAAAGGACAGUCUGCCACAACCAAUGUGGGCAGACCGGGGGGGAUCAGACUUGGACCACCUGUGCUAUCUGCCACGUAUGCACAUUUACAACUUCAAAACUGUUCAUAAGAUUACAAUCUGUUAACAUGGGUGGAUCUGCAAUGGACACUGACUUCCCGGGGAUGGUGAUGCCAUUGAUGUGGCCAGAAGGACAAGUAAAUGGAAACAGACAACAAUAUCAACUACUACAGCAUUGUGAUGGACUACAUGAAUCAGCCUGGGGUAGGGGAAUAGACUACUCUUGCUUUGUUACUCCGGAGAACUCAAUUUUAAGUUUCGACUCUUCUGCAAAUUCAGUCCACCCCCCAAAAGAAGGUGCUGCCGAUUGAAAAACAAAAACAAGGACAGAGGAUAUGAGUUAUUCUCUUAAAAGCAAGCACUUUGAAGCAGUGAGGUUAAUUCCAAAUUGUCAUGUCACGCAGCCCCUUUCCACUCAAAUCAGCUGAAAUGCAGAUAUGAAGGCAUACUGAAGCUCCAGUUGUAGUUAGAAGUGCAUAUGUUGGACAUGAUAUUAGCAGACAGCCCGUGCGGAAGUAGAGAGGAGGUAUUAGCAUUUGACUUUGGUUUACAUUCGACAGUUAGCUGGAAAUCCAGAUUUAUUUCAGCUAGGGAUGAGAAAAUUUGGUAUGUAGUACUAACUUAAGAGGGUCAUUCAAUCUAAUACUUUAUGUAUGAGAUGAUUGGUUGAUUUCAUUAUGUAAAACCAAGAACAAGCAGGGCUUAUUCUAUUUAUGUUAUUGAG